UACCCGGAUGUGCGAACCUAAAGAUGGCUUCAGUAGCAGUAACACUCUUUGCAUCCGUUGCUCUGUUGCUUAUAUUUGUGCCUGAGGGUUACGGCAUCCAGUGUUAUGUCUGUAACUCUCAUGAUAGAUAUGAGGGGAAGGUAUGUGAUGAUCCAUUUGAUGAAAAUGACAUUGCUGCUCAAAGACUUCUAACAAACUGCAGUGAAAACCACAACACCUGCAUGAAAAUGGAGCAAGAAGUCCAAGGUGAAAAACGUAUUGUUCGCCAGUGCACAGAAGAUGCUGUUAUUGGAAUGGUUGAACGCGCUGGAACAAAAGAGGUCAAGCUCUUUUACUAUGGUUGCGAUUCACAGAAGUGUAAUGGUGCCACAUCCAUUUACAGCCACAGCAUUCUGCUCUUUUCUAUAUUUGCCAUUUUCUUGUCAGCCAUCAUCAAGUCCUAGCCACAUUCAGAUAAAGCCAACAAUGGUCUUGGAAGUACCCGCAUGAAAUGUAUGGCAGAAUUUAAAACCUGGAGGAGGAUUUUUUAUGCAAUACAAGAUUGUUCUUUGUGAAGUUAUGUCUUUAAUCUACCAUAUCUUCUGUCCAUUGCCUUUGGUGUAUUGAAUUUGUGCAGGACAUUCAGUAGUAUUAGGGAGAAUGUCAUAGUAAAUUUGACCGUUUCAUUUCUGUAUGAAGGUAAUAUAGAUUUCGUCUUAAAAGCAUUUAGCAUAGAGUGUAGAAAAAAAUGUUAGCUGUUAUUGCAUUAUUGUAAGUUUUAAGUGAAAACAGUUUAUUGAGCAUAUUUCAACUUCAUAUUUCUUUAGUAAAACUAUUAGCAUUACAUAAACAACAUAAUGCUAUCAAAUUUAUUCAGAGUUCUAUAUUAAAUUUCUGCUAGUUUGUAUAUGAAUAAUUUUGAGAAGGGGGAAAAUGUUGUGAAAAGAUGUGCUUUUUUUCCUUUCUUCUUAAGAAUAAUGGAAACUACUCUACCUAUAUCAUUUUAGUCCCAGUAAAUCCUGUUAUUAAAGAACUUGUCUUAAUCAGUUGAUCGUUUUGUUUGGUUAUAUAUAUAUAUUUGUAAUCACUAGUCACUAUGCAUUUUGUAGUUAUUAGGAGAACAUCGCAUUUAAUUGAAAUACUCUGUCCAUUUGAAUUUCCCUUAACAGUUGCAUUGAUUAUGACUUAAAAACCACCAGUUUAGGUGGCAUAUUAUAUUUGACUUGUUUACUUUCUUUUAGAUGCACCCUAAAUGUAUAUAAGUGAUAUUUUAGUAUAACUUUUUGACUGCCACAAUCCGUCAAUAAGUUUUAAAUAAACCACAAUAUAGAAAUGGCAAUACUGGUAACAAACAGGUUAUGACUUGGUUAUGAUGUGUUCAAGAAAUGUAGAUGAAGUUGGAAGAAACUGCCAUCUCACCACUUCCAACUUGAUCAUUAGUCUCAAGAACUUACUUGACUCUCCAGUUUUAAAGAAAUAAUACAAGGUUUCUCUUGUAUUAUAAUAAAAGUAACUGAAGCUGUUGAUAUUGUGUCCCCAAAGGAGAUUACUGUUUGUUAAAGUAGAUCAGUUUGUGCCAACAGUUUUGUCUCACAUUAUCAAAAAUAAAUGUUUGAUUUGUU